AUGGACAGAAGACUCAUCAACCUCAACAGACUCAAGUCCAAAAGGAAGACCAUGACAACAUCCAUAAUAGAGCUCUACUAUGUGGAUGACAAUGCUGUUGUUGCUCAAUCUGAAACAGCCCUCCAAACUAUUCUUAAUGUAGUCUCAGAAGGCUAUGACAGUAUUGGCCUAACUCUAAACAUCAAGAAAACAGUUGUCCUCAGUCACGUGACGCGAGCCCGCCUGUGGGGGCAGGAGCUGCUUCGGUUUGCCCGCGGGUAGGAGCUGCCCGAGCGGCCGGCGGGGCUCGGCCCGGCGGUGAUGGCCGCUCCCCGGGGCGGCGCGCUGGUCCCGGGCGAGGCUUCGGAGACAGACUCGGAGGCGGAGCUGGAGCUGGCGGCGCCCCGGGCCGCCCGCAUCAUCGACGCCUCGCACAGCGUGCGCCUGGCCCUCGACGACCUGCGCGCCCUCGCGGCCCGCAUCGACAUCGUCACCGGCUGCAGCCUGCUACCCGACCUGCGCCCCGGCCUGCCGCCCGCCUGACCCCGCAUGUGCCCUGUGGGUUGCUGCGACCUCCAGCGCAGCCUGGGCCCUGUCUCUGGCCUCCACUGGUUCCACCCGCAGGCACGUAGCACCAUUGGCAGAGCAGCAGCCCUACUGAGGCGACCAGAGCCAGGGAGUGAGGCCAGGAGCUUGGGGAUGCGGGUCCCCCUUGUCACCCACCCAGGAUGUUUGCGAGCUGAGAGCAGACCCUCCCCUGGACGUUGCUGGGCUGCAGGGGAGUUGCCGGGAUGCCUGAGCCUGUGCUGAGCUGAUGGAAUAGAAGCAACCAUAGGUGUGACAUGUUUGACACUCCUGAUUUCUGAGGUGCAGCCUCAUCACCCAGCUGUGACCCCCAAGCCCCAGCAUACUGCUUAGCAGGGCUGGAGCAGGACAGGGAGAGUGGACAGUCAGGAGAUGUGCCAAGGUGUGGGGGCUGCUUGUCAUGUGGCCACUGGCUCAUCUCUGUAGCCCAGAGAACUUCAAGCUAUAUCUUGCCAGGCCUGGCUCUAACCCCAUCUGUUCCCUGGGCCCCUGUGAAGUGGACUGCGCCUUGGCAAUGCAGAUAAAUAUCCUGGCAGCUCUGCCUACGUUUCUCUGCUCCCACUUCUCCAUCUGGGAGGCACCCUUCUGGCUCCAUGUUGGAGCAGUUGCAGCAGGAGGUGGGAAAGAGGGGGCCUUGCCACAGCCUGGCCUGGACUGGGUUGCUUAUUGCAGUCUCCUAGGGAAGGGAAAUGCGGAUCAGACAACUUCUUGUGCUGAGGCAGGCAACCUUCACCCCCAGGCCCCCUGCUUUCUGGGCAAGGCCUCAAACAGGCAGGCUGUUCUAUCAAAAGGGAGUGGCACUAGGACCACUUCCCCUCUGAAGGGAGAGUGAGUCAGCUGCCUGGACACAGGAGACUUACAAAUGCGGGAGUCUAGGUAAGGGGCUCAGGUUGAGUCCCACUGCACUUAGGCCAGUUUGAAGGGGGACAUGCAGCCCUGCCUCCAUCUUUGUCACUUCCUUUUGUCUAGCUUGCUAGAAGCUAGGCACUUAAUCCUGACCAGGGUGUCUGCUUUCCUGUGCAGAGUCCAGGGAGUAAGCCCUGCCCUGAGGCACAGGAGCACUU